GUGGUUUUGUGGGGCACAGAUUUCCCCUGUGAGAAGUUCAGCCUGAUUGUUGAAACUUUGGGGACAAGUCUUUGUGAACUGAAGACGGUGGAGGUGUCACACCCAGCUAUGAAGACCAGUAUCCUGCUUAUGUUCCUUUGGGGGUUGUCCUGUGCUCUUCCCGUAGCCAGGUAUCAAAAUAUUGAAUCCAAGAGCUCUGAAGAAUGGAAGGGUCAUUUGGCUCAGACACAAACACCACCUUUGGAGAGCAGUGAGUCAUCAGAAGAAAGUAAAGUUAGCUCAGAGGAACAGGUAAAUGAAGACCCCAGUGACAGCGCUAAAUCAGAGGAAGGCCUGGGCCUUGAUGAUCAUUGGUAUGUUCAUAGACCAGCUGGUGGCCUCUCUAGGCAUGCAGGAAAAGAAGGAGAUGAUAAAGACGAUGAUGAAGAUGACAGUGGAGAUGACACCUUUGGUGACGAUGAUAAUGGGCCAGGACCUGAAGAAACACAAGGAGGAAACUCCAGACUCAGAAGUGAUGAAGACUCAGCUGACACCACACAAUCCAGGGAAGAUAGUGCCUCUCAAGGGGAAGACAGUGCCCAAGGUACCACCAGUGAGAGCAGGGAUCUUGACGAUGAGGACGAGGGGAACAACAGACUUGAGGGAGAUGACUCCACUCAAGAAAGCGAAAGUGAGGAGCACUGGGUGGGAGGUGGCAGUGAGGGAGACAGUAGCCAUGGGGAUGGCUCUGAGUUUGAUGAUGAAGGGAUGCAGAGCGAUGAUCCAGACACCAUCAGGAGUGAGAGAAGCCACUCCAGAACGAACAGUGCCAGUGUCAAGUCAAUAGAAUCAAAUGGGAACAGUGAUGAGCAUGUAAGCACUCAGGAUUCAGGUGAGAGCCAAUCCAUGGAGAAUCCCAGUAGGAAAUUUUUCAGAAAGUCCCACAUAUCUGUGGAAGAUGACACAGAUGAUCUUGACAAUAGCAACACAAUGGAAGAAGUCAAGAGUGACUCCACAGAAAACACUAACUCCAAAGAAACUGGCCUCAGACAAUCCAGAGAAAACAGCAAGAGUGAAUCUCAAGACAGUGAGGAGAAUCAGUCUCAGGAUGACAGUCAAAAUGUACAAGACACCAGUAGUGAGUCUAGUGAAGAGGUUGACCUGCCAUCUCCAGAAACUAGUAGUGAGUCUCAGGAAGAGGUAAUGAAUAAAUCUAGGGGUGACAACCCAGAUAAUACCUCCAGUCACUCAGAAGAAGGUCAAGAAGACAGUGACACCAGUGAAGAGGAGAGUUUGAGUAAACCCUCCAGUUCAGAAAGCAAAUCCAGAGAGGAGCAAGCUGACAGUGAAUCCAAUGAGAGCCUCAAAUACUCAGAAGAAAGCUCGGAGUCUACUGAGGAUGAAAACAGCUCCAGCCAGGAGGGCCUCCAGUCUCACAGUGCCUCUGCAGAGAGCCAGAGUGAUGAAAGCCAGUCGGAACCAGACAGCCAGUCUGAGGAAGGUGAAGGCAGUGAUUCUGAGGACAGCAGCAAGUCACAAGAAGAUAGCAUCUCUACUGAGAGCGAUUCAAGCAGUGAGGAAGAUGGCCAGUCAAAAAACACUGAGAUAGAAAGCAGAAAACUAACAGUUGAUGCUUAUCACAACAAACCCAUUGGGGAUCAAGAUGACAAUGACUGUCAAGAUGGCUAUUAGCAUCAGCCUUCCUAAAACGUGGCUCUCAGGCAAAGGAGUCUUGGAGGUUGGAGAGUAGGGAAAGAAUUAUAACUAUAACUUAUUGAUGUUUUUAUCAGAAGACUAACCGAAGGCCAUUUCUUUCUGAGAGGAUAUGCUGGACAUUAUAUUUGUUGCUAGGGUAUCACCAGCCAGAUAGGUUUAAAAAAUGUGGAGUGACACCAGAAUACACUCAGUGAAACUGGAAGCAAGGAAAGAUGUGCAUUGUAGCUUCACAGCUGAAAUAGUUCCUAACUCAUGAACCUAACAAACAGUUACUGAAAUUCUAUUAUGUGCCAGGCACUGUGCUAGGUGCUAGGGAUAUCAAGAAGCUUAAGGCUUGUUUCUUGCUCCUGAGGAGCUUAGAGAGGGAUAAAUAAAGCUAAAAAGGUAAAGAGGAAUACAUGUGAAUGAAACAAGAACUACUGCAAUCCCAUGUGGAAGGUGCUGUAACAGAGGCAUGAAAAACAUAUAUGAGAGGAUAGAAGAAGGAACCAACCUCGUCUUGGGGAAUCGGGAAGGGGAGGGAUUCACAGCAGAGAAAACACUGGAGUGAGACCAUUUCAUAGGAUUUCUUCAUUGAAGAAGAGGGAAUUCCAUUUAUUCUUGAGAUAAGCAAUAGUAAAUCCCAUAUGAUUGAAUGCUUACUUUGUGAAAGCACUUUCAAGUUAUGAACCAGUGUGAGACAUUUGGCUAAACAAAACUUUUUUUUCAACUAAUUUAUCAUUUUUGACAUUUUCUGUGGAACUCCUGUGAGCACCCCCUCAUUGACUACUGGUGGUGAUGUCAAGGGUUGGAUGGGGAGAUGGGAGAAGAAAAUUCCUCUUUUAAGAGAUAACUUCUAGCUUUAUUUUUUUCUAAAAUCAGUCUAUGUGCAAUGCUAGAAAAACUGUUCUCUGAGUCCUUUACAUAU